AUGGCUCGCAACUCCGAAAAGGCGCAUUCCAUGCUCUUCCGCUUCCGCGCUGCGCAAGCUGCCGAAGCAGGCAUAAUCGACAUAUCGCGCACGCGGCGCCCCAAGAUGAUUACCUCUGUAACCGCCAUACCCGUUUGUGAGAAAUGGCGCGGCCAGGUGCUUAAGGAGAUCUCUCGAAAAGUCACCAAAAUCCAGGACGAAGCGCUCAGCGAUUUCCAGAUACGGGAUCUGAACGAUGAGAUCAACAAGUUGAUGCGCGAGAAGCAUAUGUGGGAGAGCCAGAUUAGGGGGUUAGGAGGGCCGAACUAUAUGAGGGGCGGGCGGGUGCUAGACGAGGAAGGAAGGGAGGUGCCGGGAGGCGGCAAGGGGUACAGAUAUUUUGGGCGAGCAAAAGAACUCCCUGGUGUGAAAGAGCUGUUCGAGAGGCAGGUACGACCAGAAGAUGAUAUGGAUAAGGGGAGGGAGAAGAGGAGUGAGCUUAGGCAGAAGGUGGACGCGGGCUACUAUGGGUACAACCUCGACGAGGAGGACGGCACAUUGUUAGCGUACGAGAAGGUGAAAGAGAAAGAGGCGUGGGACAGCUUCUUGGUCUUGGACGAUGAUAUGAACGACAAACCUUCGAAGUUCCAGAAAGAGUGGGUGGAGCUGCCGGGCGAUGCUGGAGACGGCGUGCGGUGGCGCGUGCCGACACUGGAGGAAGUGAGCGACGAGCUUGUGGAGCGUAGGAGGAGGAAGCUUCUCGAAAAGCUGGGUUGA